AUGUGUGGAUUCACGGUUGUCGGUAGAGCCAACCACCCAGCUCUCACGACUACGGCCGACGAUGCUUGCAGACCAAGUCGUAAGUCGCGCGUUCUGGUGCGCUUGGAUGCUUACAAGGUUCGUCCCGAACCUUCAUCUCUCACGCCGCCGUCCACGUUGAUGACGACGCUUGCAUCGUGUCUCACGAGGCGGUGCCAAUCGAGUCGCCAAACGCAAAACGCAAGCCUUGUUCGUCCCUCACCCCGGCUCAGCAGACAAUCAGCUCUGUCAACAAGCCCCUUUCAACCAAGAUAUGUCAGGCGACUCUGGCAGUACAAAUGCAAGCGCGACGCCACAACCCAGGUGUUGUCGUGA